AUGACCUCUUCCGGACCUCUUUAUCUGGGCUUCGACCUGUCCACCCAACAGUUAAAGGGGCUAGUCGUGGAUUCGAGUCUGAAAAAGAUUCACGAGGCCAAAUUUGAUUUCGAUGCGGAUAACAAAGGCUUCGGUGUUACGAAAGGUGUCCUUGUCAACGAAGCAGAACAUGAAGUCUUCGCACCCGUGGCAAUGUGGCUGCAGGCCAUCGACACUGUCCUGGCUAGAUUAAAAGACAAUGGUCUCGAUUUCAGUCGUGUCAAGGGAAUUAGCGGCUCCGGCAUGCAGCAUGGAAGUGUCUUCUGGAAUGCUGAUGCGGAACAAUUACUGGCACAAUUGGAUUCCUCGAGGACGCUGGAAUCACAACUUGACGGAGCUUUUGCGCAUCCAUACAGCCCGAAUUGGCAGGAUGCGAGCACGCAGAAAGAAUGCGACGAGUUCGAUGCCAUCCUGGGCAAUGAGGCGCAACUGGCGAACGUCACCGGAAGUAAGGCUCAUCACCGCUUCACAGGACCCCAGAUAAUGCGGUUUCAACGCAAGUACCCGGACAAGUACAUAAAGACGCACCGGAUCACACUUGUUUCAUCCUGGAUUGCUACAAUACUCCUUGGGAAGUUUGCGCCCUUCGACAUCUCGGAUGUCUGCGGCAUGAAUCUGUGGGACAUCAAAGCAGGCAACUGGAAUCAGAAACUCCUCGAACUGACAGCCGGCCCGUCAGGAGUGGAUGCACUGAAGAAGAAACUAGGCGAUGUGCCUGAAGACGGUGGUAUACAUCUUGGGACCGUUUCUCAAUACUUCGUCAAGCGACAUGGAUUCUCCGAUGAUUGCACAAUCAUCGCUUCUACAGGUGAUAAUCCCUCGACAAUCCUGGCCUUACCACUCCGGGACAACGACGCCAUGGUCAGCCUGGGCACCUCGACAACCUUUCUCAUGUCCACAAGCCAGUACAAGCCCGACCCGGCUACUCACUUCUUCAACCACCCGACGACGCCGGGAUUAUACAUGUUCAUGCUGUGCUACAAGAACGGCGGUCUUGCCCGAGAAAAGGUCCGAGACGCUAUCAACGACAAGCUAGGCAAGGAGAAGAACUCGUGGCAAGAAUUCGACAAGCAUCUGCUGGAGACUGCCCCUCUUGCGCAAGCGGACGAAAAGGACCCAAUGCAUUUGGGCCUGUACUUUCCACGACCCGAAAUCAUCCCCAACCUGCCCGUGGGAGAAUGGCAUUACUCAUAUAACGCGUCCAACGAUGACCUUCAGCCCGAGCAAUCUGUCCCACAGCCUCCUGAACAAGAUGCGAGGGUCAUAGUCGAGUCCCAAUUCCUCUCCCUCCGCCUCCGCUCUCGGGAACUCGUGUCUAACCCUGCAAGCGGCCUCCCUGCCCAGCCGCGCCGGAUUUACCUCGUGGGCGGCGGUUCGCGCAACAAAGCCAUCGCCAAGGUCGCGGGCCAAGUCCUCGGCGGCUCGGAGGGUGUUUUCAAGUUAGAUGUUGGUGAGAAUGCGUGCGCCCUGGGGGCCGCGUAUAAAGCCGUGUGGGCCGUCGAGAGGCAAAAGGGCGAGACGUUCGAGGAAUUGAUCGGCAAGAGGUGGAGGGAGGAGGAGUUUGUCGAGAAGAUCGCGGACGGGUACAAUGAGGAGGUGUGGCAUCGGUAUGCACGGGCGCUGAAAGGGUUUGAGGCGAUGGAGACGCGCCUCCUCGCCGAGCAUGGCAGGAAGUGA